AUGGGAGUGGGUUCAUCGGAGCCGGUUACGAGGAAAGAGACUGAUCGCGUGUCCAGCUCCAAGUUCGUUUGUGGUUCCAGUUGCAUGCAAGGAUGGCGAAUUAAUAUGGAGGACGCUCAUGUGCAUUUGCCUGAGAUUCCAAACCUGCCAGAAACAAGUUAUUUCUCUCUAAAUGAGGGAAACAUAACGAAAGCAUUCAAAUCCACCUUUUUGCAAUUUGAUGCUGAGAUCAGAGGCAGCGUGCCACCGAAUGUUGGUUCAACGGCCAAUGUUGUUUUGAUUGUCAGGAACAUGCUGUUUUGUAGCAACAUUGGUGACUCUAGGACAGUAGUGAGCAUAGGAGGCAUAGCGAGAGAUUUGUCGGAAGACCACAAGCCACACUCAGACAAGGAAAUUCAGAGAAUAUCUGGAGCUGGAGGAUUUGUUACCAACUUCAGAGUAAAUGGCGGGCUGGCUUUAUCCAGAGCCUUUGGUGACUUUAUGUACAAGGACAAUGGAAAUCUGCCUCCGGAAAAGCAAAUGGUUAUUGCUGUCCCAGAUGUAACGUACCUCAAAAUAACAAAUGACUUUGAAUUUUUUGUGAUGGCGUGCGACGGAAUAUGGGACGUCAUGACCAGUCAGGAGGUCGUCAAUUUCGUUCGACUUAGAAUCGCAGCCAACAUGCCACCGCACAUUAUAUGCGAGGAAUUGAUGACAAACUGUCUGGCUCCAGAUAUCAAGAUGGGUGGCUUAGGAUGUGACAACAUGACUGUCAUGAUCUGCUGCUUCAUUCAGCAUCAAACUUACAAACAACUUAUGACAAAAUGUGCAUCGCCUGUUGCUGUUCACACAUUUCCUGAAUAUCCCAUUGCACCCCCACUCCCCGAGGGGCCUUCGACGCAGAACGCAGUUGUCUACCGUAAAUCUAACUGA